AUGGUAAAAAUAAGUGACAUAAAUCGUACUUCGACCUUUGCGUGGAGUCUGGAUAGUCUUCCAUUGUUAGCCACUGGAACAGUUGCUGGGGCGGUUGACAUUGAUUUCAGUUCCUCAGCAACUUUAGACAUAUGGGAUAUCUUUUCACCAACUAGCAAGAGCGAACCGAUUUUCACAGCUCCUGUCGAGAACAAGUUCUAUGCAUUGGCGUGGUCAAAACCAUUUGAAGGAAGAUCAAAGGGAUUAUUGGCGGGUGCUUUUGAAAACGGAACUGUUGAAUUCUGGGAUGUUGCGACCUUGAUCAAAACCAAAGAUCUCGAUAAAUCAUCUGUUCACAAAUCCAAUAAACAUACCGGUGCUGUCAAAUCCAUGCAAUUUAAUCCUAUCCAGCCUCACGUUCUUGUUACUGGUGGAUCCAAUGGACAAAUUUUUGUGUGGGACACCAAAAAUUUCAAUGAACCUUUUGCACCAGGUCAAGCUAUGACACCAAUGGACGAGAUAAGCUGCGUUGCGUGGAACAAUUCAGUAAGCCACAUUUUUGCAAGUACUGGCAACAGUGGUUAUACCUCCAUUUGGGAUCUCAAAACUAAAAAAGAGGUGUUGCAUCUUUCUUAUACUGGACCAGGUGGAAGAGCUAAUUUUUCUCAUGUUGCGUGGCACCCAACGAAAUCUACGCAGUUGGUCACUGCUAGUGAUAAUGAUUCAUGUCCAUUGAUUUUGACCUGGGAUUUAAGAAACUCAAAUGCGCCAGAGAAGGUGCUUGAAGGGCAUAAAAAGGGUGUCUUGUCGUUGGAUUGGUGUAAGCAAGAUGCAAGUUUGUUGAUCUCAUGUGGUAAAGAUAAUGCAACUAUAUUAUGGAACCCCAUUGAGGGUAAGAAGUUGGUUGAAUAUCCAACAACUGCAAAUUGGGCUUUCGAAACCAGAUUUGCUCCAUCUGCGCCAGACAUUUUUGCUACAGCCUCAUUUGAUGGAAAGAUUACUGUUCAAACUAUCCAAGACACAUCACCUCCGGUUACAUCAAAAGUGACUGCUUCUAACAAUGACAAUGAUUUUUGGAAUGAAAUAUCAGUCACAGAGACUCAGCAGCCUGUUUUUGAGGUUAAGCAAGCACCAGCAUGGCUCAAAAAUCCAGUCGCUGUGUCGUUUGGAUUUGGAUCAAAGUUGGUUUCCAUUGAAAGUAUUAAUGGAAAGUCAAUCGUGAAAAUUGGAAAAUACCUGGCUGGGUUCAAGAAGGAGGGUAGGGAUUUCGAAAACUUGAAAAACGACAAGUACGAAACGAUCAUUGAGACGAGAUUGAAUGAUGACACAGUGAAAGGUAAGAACAAAGCCGAUUGGGAAAUCUUGGAGACAUUUUCCAAAAAUGGAAAGGAUUUGUUGUUUGGAGCAGAAGCUGAAAAAGAAGAAAGUGAAGGAAAAACUAGGUCGGAAAGAAAGGAGGUGCCUCUCGAGAAUGCUGCCGUUAAUGGAGAUGGAGAUGACGAUUUUUUCGCGCACCUCGGAAAUGGCAAGGUGAAGUCUAGUGUUGACGAUUACGUACCUUCAGGAAACUUUUCCCUCUUUAGAUCGAAUUCAUCUGACGCCGAUAAAAAAUUGAUCAGUUUGGUAUUAAGUAGCAAAAUUGAAGAUGCAGUGGAGACAUCCUUAGAUCAAAAGAAAUUAGUUGAAGCGUUGGUUUUGGCAUUGGAUGCAUCUGAGCAAGUGAAACAAUCUGUGAGGAAUGCUUAUUUCAAGAAGCACAAAGAAGAUAGCUUGGCUAGAGUUAUCUACAAUGUGACAUCCAAAAAUGUUACUGACCUCGUUGCUCAUGCUAAUGUCCGCGAUUGGAAGGAAAUCGCUAAAGGGAUCAAGGCAAUUGCUACCGACUCGGAUGAGUAUAGCGAUAAAAUGUCUGAAUUGGGAGAUCGUAUUUUAAACUCAAGUGACGGUGACAGAGAAGACGCCAUUACUUGUUACUUGGCAGGUGGGGCUUUGGACAAGUUGGCAAACCUCUGGUUACAAGAAUUACCUGAAUAUGAAUCUGAGUUAUUAGAAUCUGACGCUACAAGAGUUUCGUCACCUUCCGAAGCACGUUUGCACGUAUUGACCAAUUUCGUUGAAAAGAUUUCCACUUACAAAUUCUACUCAAAAAAGGAUGGUGCCAUCACUGGUCCACUGGUUGACUCUAUUUCCAAAGCGUUGUUGGAGUUUGUGAAUCUCGUUGCUGGGUCGGGUGAAUUUGAUUUGGCCCAAAAGGUGUUGCAAUUAUUACCCAAUGAACUUGCUGGUGUUGAGAAGGAAAGAAUUCUGAAAGCCACUGGAAAAGAUGUAAAGGUUGCAAACUCCACCAAGCCAUCUUCAAAAACUACGGUUGCUGGCCAAAAAGCCACCAAACAACCCUCAGUUGCUAAAUCCAGAUCACAAUAUUCAGCUGCACUCAACGCCGGAUUACUGCAAACCCAAACUCCUCCAGCUCCUAUCCCUCAACCAACAGGAUUCCAAUAUGGUGCCCCCGCGAUGCCACAACAAAUUCCAACGGCUUUUCCUCAACAAAGUUACCCUGUUGCUGCCGCUACUGCUGCUGCGGUGCCCAAACCAAACCCUUAUGCAAAGUCGAACCCAUACGCACCUACAAACAUUUACAAGGCUGCCUCUCCUGUGGCUACUCCUGCUGCGUUGAAUCCGUCUGGCGUAACACCUGCACCACCCCCACCAGGUGCAUCAUCCAUCCCAAAAAACAACAAACUGCAAACCGAUGGAUGGAAUGAUUUGCCGGAAACUUUCAAACCAAAAGCAUCUGCUCCACGUAGGGCAGCAGCAGCAGCAGCAGUAACCCCCCCUGUACCUGCGGCGGUAUCGUCCUCAUCCAUACCUACAUUAUCAAAUCAACCAAGUCAAAAUAGUUUCAAUAACUCCUUUGCCCCACCAAAGAGAACUGUAUCAACCACUGGUUUUGCACCACCACCCAAGAGUAGCAGCCGUAGUGCAUCUAGAACCUCAAUUCCAACUCAACAAGUGCCAUCACCAAAACCUACUCCAACCACCAAGUAUGCUCCACCUCCAGGGGCUGAGCAACCUCCGCAACCUGGAGUUCCCAACUUUGGUGCGCCACCAACAGCUGCUGCUUCACCUACUAUAGCCAAGAAGAAUCCUUAUGCUCCAACAAGUGAACCAGCGCCAGCAAAAGUUCCAUUCGCAUCACCUCCUCCAUUGGCAUUUGGAGCAGCACAACCAGCACCGUCUGUUGCACCACCAAAGAACCCAUACGCACCACCACCACCAUCAGCAAUGCAGAAUAACUCACCUCAAUUGCCACAUGUGGGGGCCCCUGAAGUAGGAACAAAAUUCGGAACUGCUGCACCACCACAACAGCCAUUUGGAAUAACCCUGAGCACCCCAGCACAGCCCUCGUUUACGCCAGUUGCGCCACCCCCUACUGGCCCAGCACGUCCUCCAGUUUCAGUGAAUGAGCAACCACCAGCGGCAACCGUUCCACAAGCGGCACCUGAACCUCCUAAGUAUCCAAAAGGUGAUAGGUCGCACAUUGCUGAUGAUUUGGAACCAAUUUACAAUUCCUUGACCAUUGUCAUGGAAGCAAUCAAACCAAACAUUCCGGAAAAGUUUGCUAAGCAUGGUGCUGAUAUGGAACAUAGAAUAAACAUUUUGUUUGAUCAUUUGAACAAUGCUGAUUUAUCCAAACCACUUACUGAAUCAUUGAAAGAAAUUAGUUCGCAGUUGGAGAAUAAAAGGUUUGAUGAGGCAAAUGCCAUCAAUGUGGAGAUUGCUACAAGCUAUAGUGACGAAUUGGGGAACUGGCACACAGGUCUCAAGCGUCUUAUUAAAUUGGCAGAGGCUUUGUAUUAA